AUGGAGGAUGAUAAAUUAGAUGAACUACUGACAAUACAGAACUUAGUAGAACAAUUGAAUCAAAAUGUAAAUGAAGUGGAAGAGAAUUCAAAAAGAGUAACGCAAACAGUUAAGAGUUUAGUUCCUGAAGAUGUUUAUAAUAGAUUAGUUGAAUCACCAACAACUACUUCCACCAGAAAAUUAAGUAAGAUUCAAAUUCUAGAAUCAGUUAGAAUACAUUUGAUUAUGGAAUUACAAAAGCAAGACUAUAUCACUAAAAAUUUGAAAGAAUUAAUUGAUCAGAAUCAAGAACUUUUAGAUAGUGUGAAAGAAUAUUUACAAUGUCAAGGUACUCUAAAAGAGGAAGCAAAAUUGCAUGCAAAAUUAAUGUUAGAAAAUUAUAUUAAAACAAGUAUUGAACCUACACUCAACAAUUUAAAAAAGUCAUAA